AUGAUCAAUCCGCAAGAUCAAGUGCACGUUAUACAAUUGCACGAGGGCGAGCGCUUCGAAGCGCGAAGCGUGGAUGUUGACAAGUACACGAUAGCAGAAUCCGGAACUGGUAACCUCAAGAGUCCCAAUAACAAACACAGUUCAACCGCAAGAUCAUGGAAGUUUAUAUCGAAUAUCCUGUGGCCAUGCAGCACACCACCACCAACACCAGAAACAUAUGGUAUCCUUAGUACCAAGGGUAUCAAAGUAAUGGAACACUGUUAACGAUCUUAAACUUAGAGCGGAGGCAGAUCAAUGCGAACAGCGAUAAAAUGGACGAAUGAAAAGUGUUUGAAAAGACGGAAAAGAAAAGAGAAAAGUCAGAGUACUUGCAGAGAGAUUGUUUCGUACAUUGAUGUAUAAUAAUUGUUCAUUUGAUUUUAUACGAAUAUAUAUUCACCGCGUCCGAUAUUUCAAUUACAUAUACUUUUCAGGAUGAUAAUUGUUGA